AUGUUUUCGAUCCAAAAACAUGUCGAUGCUUUCGAUGCAAGAAUCUCUACAUCGACAUUCGGCCGUGUGUUUAGGCUUGGAGGAUCGGGUCACGAGAAGCAACGGCAUGGCUCCAGAUUCGUAACAGAAAUCAGAGCUGGGCUGACAACGUUCUUCACAAUGGCCUAUAUCAUUGCUGUCAAUUCCUCCGUCUUGAGUCAGAGCGGUGCCACUUGUGUUUGCUCAGAUCCUGUGGAUCUUACAUGCAAUCACGACGUCGACUAUAAUAAUUGUCUUGUUGGCGUGAAAAGAGAUUUCAUUACAGCUACAGCUGCCAUAGCCGGCCUUGGAUCUCUCAUAUUUGGCUUUCUCACCAAUCUACCGGUGGCUCUAGCACCCGGAAUGGGACUGAAUGCCUAUUUCACCUACCAAGUCGUCGGCUACCAUGGAACUGGUCCAGUUUCUUAUCGACUCGCUCUCACCGCUGUCUUCAUCGAGGGAUUUAUCUUUCUCUUUCUCUCGCUGAUUGGUUUACGGCAAUGGCUCGUCCGGAUUAUACCAGCUUCAAUCAAGGUCGCUAGUGGCGUGGGAAUUGGAUUGUUCCUUACAGAAACUGGCAUGUCAUCUUCUGGCAUUGGCUUGAUCUCGGGGUCGCCCGAUACACCUACCGACUUGGCAGGGUGUCCAGCACAAUAUAUUAAUCAAGCCUCUGGACAAUGCACUGGCCAUAGAAUGUCCAAUCCCCAGAUGUGGAUUGGAAUAAUGUGCAGUGGGGUCUUAACAGCAUAUCUCAUGGCAUACCGUGUCAAAUCUGCCAUUAUUAUUGGCAUAUCCCUCGUGUCUAUAUUAUCCUGGCCUCGCGCUACCUCCUUCACUUACUUCCCUUACACCCCUGAGGGCGAUGAAAUGUACGACUUCUUCAAAAGGGUGGUCUACUUUCAUCCCAUCCAGAGUACUCUGAACGCGCAGGAUUGGAACGUUGCAGCUGCAGGAGGUCACUUUGCCUUAGCUCUGUUCACUUUCCUAUACGUCGACAUCAUCGACGCUACUGCAACUUUGUAUUCCAUGGCCCGCUUCUCCGGUGUCGUGGACCCAGACUCCGGUGACUUCCCCCGUUCCACUCUCGCCUACUGUUGCGACUCAGUGGCCAUAUCUAUUGGCUCGCUUUUUGGUUGUUCCCCUGUAACGGCAUUCAUUGAAUCCGGCGCUGGUAUCACAGAGGGAGGUCGCACAGGUCUCACAGCCAUGACUACGGGUGUGUGUUUCCUCAUCUCCAUCUUCUUUGCUCCGAUCUUCGCCUCCAUCCCGCCCUGGGCCACUGGCUGCACGCUCGUCCUCGUCGGCUGCAUGAUGAUGCGGCAGGUGACCGCUGUGAACUGGGCCUUCAUUGGCGACGCAUUGCCGGCAUUCGUGACUAUUGUUACGAUGCCUUUCACUUACUCGGUUUCGUACGGUCUCAUUGCUGGCCUGUUCUGCUAUGCUACGCUCAACGGAAUGAUCUACAUUACCAAGAAACUUUCUAGGGGUAUGAUCCAACCGCCUGAUGCCGACGCCGCUGAGUAUUGGACGUACAAACCCAGUGGCGCUCACCCUCCUUGGUUCAUCCGUUUCGGACAUAAUAGAUUGUGGCGUACAGGGCGCAAAGAUGAUGAAGUCGAGGUCAGAAGCAUCGACGCCGGUACACAGGCUAGUGAGAAGGAAUUGGUCGAUCUCCCGCGCCUUGGAAGACGUGUCGUCUCUUGA